AUGGAGAGUGAUGCGAGAUGGAUCCAUCACCCGCAUUCCGAUGCACUGGUUAUUGUCGCCAAUAUUGGCGGGGAUAAUGUCCACCGCAUACUCGUCGACAAUGGAAGUUCAGUAAAUCUGUUGAACUUCCAAGCCUUCAAACAAAUGGGAUUGCAGGAGAAGGACCUGCGUCCUGUGACGUCAAGCAUCUAUGGCUUUACUGGCGACGUUAUAGCGUUAAAAGGAAUGAUCAAACUCCCAAUCACCUUGAGAACUGCCCCGGUAACAGCCAAGUCAAUGGCUGACUUCGCAGUAAUCGACCAGUAUUCUGCAUACAAUGCCAUGAUUGGUCGACCGAUCCUGAAAGAGAUGAAGAUCAUAACCUCGAUCUAUCAUCUCACAAUGAAGUUUCCUACUUCCGCUGAAGUAGGUUCUGUACGAGGAGUCCAAGCAGAUUCACGAGAAUGCUACAACACAGCAGUCAAGCUCGCGGAAAAAAGGGCAGUAAAUGUCUUCUACCUGUUGGAGGCACCACCUCCUCGCCAGGAGGUCCUCAGAAUCGAGGAAGUGCCGCACAUAGACGAACCCGAUUUGGAUCCAAGAAUCCUCAAUCAUGCUGCCGCAGCCCAAGCCGUGGAAGACACCAUUGAGGUGUGA